AUGGAUUUCACAGUGGGCGACAAGGUCUGCGUCUUACCCGGCCGGCAUUUUCAGGAUUUUGCAGCAGGAGAUUCCGGCGUGGUGUCCAUGGUCGACCGCAAGGCCCAGACCUGCCAGGUCUACUUCGACCAUCGGCUUGGCUCCGAACCGCUGAAUGUUGCCUUUCGCAACCUCAGCCGGGUGGACGGAGGCUCCGGAAGUUCCUGGCCGGUGAGCUCGGAGAUCCUUCAGAGGGAGGAGGAGGAGGGCGGAGCUGGGCCCAGAAGGCCCAAAGCCAGAGAGUUGGAUGUUGCGCCGGUGCUGGGCGGUGCCCUGGGCGCAUUGGCCAGUGCUGGCUACUGGGAGGCAGGCUUAGGCUGCGAAGAUGUUUGGAGCUGGAUUCGAGAGGGCUUCUUAAGCGACACUACUCACUCUGGCGGCCAGUGCUCCGGCUCAUUGUGCAAGUUAGCUCUCUCUGCGACCCCGGCUCCCCUCAGCAUGGGCGGUGUUCUGUGGCUGUCCAUCCUGGCCCUGACCCUCGCAUCGGCUGCAGGCCAACAAGCUCAGCAGGAUUGUGAGGGGUGUGGCUUGGACAUGCAGGAGGAUGUCAGCAGCCUCCUGGAGCAUAAGAAGCAUACUGGGGGCGAAGAAGCGGGCAAAGGCUGUGUCGUGACUGGGAAGUACCACUACCCCGUCAUGGCAGGCAUGCGGAUUGAAGUCAGCGAGUGGCAGCAUUGCCAGUCCUACUGCCGGGUCACCGAGGGCUGUCAGUUCUUCUCCUAUUGGCCCGAUCAUGGCUGCGAGCUACAGAGCGGCCCAGGGGAGUAUCGCACGGCGACCUCGGCCUACAGUGGUGUGAUCAGUGGCCCUGCGAACUGCCAGGAUUCUCCACCCGGCGCCAUCAACUUGCUUGACAUGUCCUUCAUGUAUUGUGGCGUGCAUCCUGAUGCAAAGUGUUGCAAGUGUGGGACCUGCUGCCUUCCUUACUGCGACAAUGCCAAGUGGACCCUGCGUGAAGGAUGCAACUACGAGGUCACUGGCUGGUGCCAUCCCAGCUUCCCGCCACCUGUCUGCUUCGACUGA